UCUGAAGUUAAACGCUUUUUGAGUCGAGAACGAUACACGAGUGCUUUCACUAAAAAUGAAUUUAGUCGCAAAGGACUAUUGACUCAAUCGUGCGGUGAACCAUAUCGUGAAAUAAUUUUAUUUUGCCACACACAGGAAUAUACACGUGAAUCAUUCGUUUCUUUUUCGACACGAGCAGAGGCAUAUUUAACGCCGAGCGUCAAUCGACGAACCUUCGACUCGGAACUAACUUCAGACGUGAAACGUACGUGACGUCAAUGGUAUAAAAACAGUGAAGUGUCUGCAGUGUGAGUUAUCAGACGGUGUUUUCGUCCUCGCUGCUGCAAACGCGAGUAUAAAAUCAUCGUUCGGGAAGUCGUCAUUCGAGAGUCUUAUUUGCGAAGAAUUGUUAUUGCACCACGUGAAUUAUUUCUCGCUUACGGGCUUAAUUCUAAUACCGUGGUCGCGACAAACAAUGCGCCUGGUAGUGCUUUUAAACGCAACAAUCGUUCUCUCGCUGUUUGUGCAAGUCGCAAGAUCCUGGCAGUCGCAGACCAAACAGAGAUCGCCUGUUAUUUUCAUUCCAGGUGAUGGCGGCAGCCAAGUUGAGGCAAAGAUUAACAAACCUUCAGUGGUACAUUAUAUCUGUGAAAAAAUAUCCUCCGAUUAUUUUAGCCUCUGGUUGAACAUGGAACUACUUGUACCUGUUGUGAUAGAUUGUUUUAUUGAUAAUUUAAAGUUAAAUUAUGAUAAUGUAACAAGAACUACCAGUAAUCAGCCUGGAGUGGACAUAAAGAUAUCAGGAUGGGGUGAUCCUUUUGUAGUUGAAUAUAUAGAUCCAAGUAAAGCUUCACCAGGUUCAUACUUCAAAUAUAUCGGAAAUAUGUUGGUAAAUGAAUUAGGAUAUGUCAGAAAUCUGUCACUACGUGGCGCACCUUAUGAUUUUAGAAAAGGACCUAGUGAAAAUGAGAAAUUUUUUGCUAAUCUGAAAACUCUAGUCGAAGAAACAUACAUAAUGAAUAAUAAUGUACCAAUAACACUAGUGGCCCAUAGUAUGGGUGGACCUAUGACUCUCAUAAUGUUGCAACGUCAAAGUCAGAAAUGGAAAGAUAAAUAUAUCAAUAGCUUUAUCACUCUUAGUGCAGUAUGGGCAGGAUCCAUUAAAGCUAUCAAAGUCUUUGCCAUUGGAGACAAUUUAGGUGCAUACUUUCUGAGUGAAAGCAUAUUAAAGAAUGAACAGAUAACAAGUCCAAGUUUAGGGUGGUUGUUACCCUCAAAAUUAUUUUGGAAAGAUACUGAGAUUCUGGUGCAAUCGGAAUAUAAAAAUUACACUCUGAAUAAUUUACAGCAAUAUUUCAUAGACAUAGGUGUACCUAAUGCUUGGGAAUUCAGGAAAGAUAACGAAAAGUAUCAAUUGGACUUUACAGCACCAGGUGUCGAAGUACAUUGUUUAUAUGGCAGUAAAGUGGAUACUGUGGAAAAAUUGUACUAUAAACCAGGUGUAGCAGUAGAUGGCUAUCCACAGUUAAUUUUUGGAGAUGGAGACGGAACUGUAAAUAUAAGGAGUUUAGAAGCAUGUACACAAUGGCAGAAAACACAAAAACAAAAAAUUUAUACUAAAGGUUUUCCUAAAGUAGAUCAUAUUAAUAUCUUAAGGGAUCAUGAUAUCUUGACAUAUAUCAAGACAGUUUUAAAAGUUUGACAUAGUUUUUAAUGAAUUGUUUUUUUAUAGUAAAAUACAAAAUGACUAUUAUGUAUUUUAGAUAAUGUUAUAAGUUACUCUAUAAUUCAUUUUGCAGUUUUGGGAUGAAUUAACAUGAACAAAACAAAAGUAAUACAUUAUAAAAAAAUAAAAAUCGAGUAUAUCAAUUUGAGGUAUAUAGAUAUAUAGAUUUACUUAAUUGAAAGAAUAAUUUCAUGUAAAUUCCAAUAGCUCGAUUGAGAAAUAUACUUAUUGUAAUUAAAAAUAUAUUUUUAUUAACUAUAUUGUUCAUUAAAAUAUAUCACAUCACACAAUACAUACACCGGCGAAUAUCAAUCGGAUUAUAAAGUGGUGCAGUUGCAAAAAAAUUUUAUAAAUGUAAAUAUUAUUGAC